AGAGACAGAGAGACAGAAACAGAGAGACAGAGAGACAGAGACAGAGAGACAGAAACAGACAGACAGAGAGACAGAAAUAUAAAGACAGAAACAGAGAGACAGAGAGACAGAGAGACAGAAACAGAGAGACAGAAACAGAGAGACAGAAACAGAGAGACAGAGAGACAGAAACAGAGAGACAGAAACAGAGAGACAGAAACAGAGAGACAGAGAGACAGAGAGACAGAAACAGAGAGACAGAAACAGGAGACAGAAACAGAGAGACAGAAACAGAGAGACAGAGAGACAGAGAGACAGAAACAGAGAGACAGAGAGACAGAGACAGAGAGACAGAAACAGAGAGACAGAGAGACAGAAAUAGAGAGACAGAAACAGAGAGACAGAAACAGGAGACAGAAACAGAGAGACAGAGAGACAGAAACAGAGAGACAGAAACAGAGAGACAGAGACAGAGAGACAGAAACAGAGAGACAGAAACAGAGAGACAGAAACAGAGAGACAGAAACAGAGAGACAGAGAACAGAGAGACAGAGAGACAGAAACAGAGAGACAGAAACAGAGAGACAGAGAGACAGAAACAGAGAGACAGAGAGACAGAGACAGAGAGACAGAAACAGACAGACAGAGAGACAGAAACAGAGAGACAGAAACAGAGACAGAAACAGAGAGACAGAGAGAAGAGAGACAGAAACAGAGAGACAGAGAGACAGAAACAGAGAGACAGAAACAGAGAGACAAACAGAGAGACAGAAACAGAGAGACAGAGAGACAGAAACAGAGAGACAGAGAGACAGAAACAGAGAGACAGAAACAGAGAGACAGAGAGACAGAGAGACAGAAACAGAGAGACAGAGACAGAGAGACAGAAACAGAGAGACAGAGAGACAGAGAGACAGAAACAGAGAGACAGAGAGACAGAAACAGAGAGACAGAAACAGAGAGACAGAAACAGAGAGACAGAAACAGAGAGACAGAGAGACAGAGAGACAGAAACAGAGAGACAGAAACAGAGAGACAGAGAGACAGAGAGACAGAAACAGAGAGACAGAAACAGAGAGACAGAAACAGAGAGACAGAGAGACAGAGAGACAGAGAGACAGAAACAGAGAGACAGAGAGACAGAAACAGAGAGACAGAAACAGAGAGACAGAAACAGAGAGACAGAGAGACAGAAACAGAGAGACAGAAACAGGGAGACAGAAACAGAGAGACAGAAACAGAGAGACAGAGAGACAGAGAGACAGAAAC